UUUGGAUCUCUAGGGAGAAGUUUUAUGGUUGUGAUCAAACAGCAAGCAAGAUUUGCAGCUGGUGGCCCAUGAAGAAGAGGAAAUAGCACAUCUGAGGAUGGAAACUUGUCUACUGGGGUUGUUAAUUAUUGUCUUUUAGAUCUUCCAUAUCUACUUGCAGAAUCUGUGUACGGGGGAGAUGAUUUCUUCACGUUUGAGCCGCCUGUCAAAGUUACGGUCGCCUUUGCUGCACAGUCGACCGUGGUCUGGGAAGGCUUUUGCAGAUGGCUUUGUAAACAAAGGUUGGCAAGCGAAAGUGGCUGGGGCAGUAGUUGGCGCAAGUGGGAUUCUUAUUGCUGCGUUUGGGCUCAAAAAUGCUUUUGCAAAAGAAGAGAAGAAGAAAAGAGUGGUUGUUCUUGGAUCUGGGUGGGGAGCUGUCAGUUUUUUGAAGAAUCUCAAACCUGGUUUAUAUGAAGUUGUUGUGGUCUCACCCACCAAUUAUUUCAUAUUUACACCUUUCCUGGCUAGUGUCACAGUAGGGACGGUAGAAGCAAGGACAAUAUGUGAGCCUAUCCGAAAAAUUCUCUGCAGAAGGCACCACAACAAUUCACAGUUUUAUGAAGCUGAAUGCACAGAUAUUGACGUGGAGAAAAAACAAAUUGUUUGUGUGAAAGAGAACGAAGAUGAAAAGUCCACAUUUACGAUUGAUUAUGAUGCCCUCAUUAUUGCUGUUGGAGCUGAAACAAGCACAUUUAAUAUCAAAGGAGUAAAGGAGCAUACACAUGCAUUGAAGGAAAUAUUUGAUGCCCAGAUGAUAAGAAGAAAUAUUAUAAAUUCGUUUGAAAAUGCUUCAUACCCAGGAAGAACUGAGGAAGAAAUAAAGAAACUUUUGCAUUUUGUUGUGGUUGGGGGAGGACCAACUGGUGUUGAAUUUGCAGCAGAAUUAUCAGAUUUUGUGAGGCAUGAUCUGGAUAAGCUGUACCCAGAAUUGCAUGACAAAGUCAGCAUCACACUUAUUGAUGGGUACAACAAGUUGCUAUCAACCUAUGAUGAGGAGAUCAGCCAUUAUGUUGAAAGUCGUUUUAACAAAGACCGCAUCAACUGUGUAACAAGUACAUUUGUGACAGAAGUGGAGGAUGGAAAUUUGCACAUCAUGGAUGCCAAAACGAAAGAAAAGAGUCAAAUGCCAUUUGGCAUGUGUGUUUGGGCCGCUGGGAUCGGACCCAGGCCAAUAACAAGAUCUUUUAUAGAUAAGGUCCCUGGACAAACAAACAGAAACGCGAUAUUGACUGAUAAUCACCUCCAUGUCGACAACACAGAAGGCGUGUAUGCCCUGGGUGACUGUGCCACAAUCGAGUUGCAUAGGCUGGCUGAUGAGGUGCACCAUCUCUUCCACUUAGCUGACAAGAAUAAAGAUGGUAGCCUUAGUCUCGAUGAAUUCGAAGCAAUAAUCGACAAAGCAAGAGAAGACUUCCCUCAAGUCUCCAUUCAUUUUUCAAAGGCAUACGAUGAAUCAAGAGCAAGGGCUUUUGCUGAGGCUGAUGUAGACAAGGACCACAGUCUCUCCGUCAAAGAAUUUCAAGAUUUUCUCACACUUAUUGAUAAAGAACUGAAAUCAUUGCCUGCAACCGCCCAGGUGGCUGCUCAACAAGGCAAAUAUCUUGGUAAAUUAUUUACAAAGCAUCCAAAUGACAUUUUCGACAAAGAAGGCAUUCCAGACGGCAUCAAGCCUUUCGUCUAUCACCAUUUAGGCUCAUUUGCCUACAUCGGUAGCAACCGAGCUGUACUCCAGAUGCCUGGCUUCGGAAUCUUCAAAGGUUUAACAACGAUGUGGCUGUGGCGAGCCUCGUAUACAAGUGAGUGCGUUGGUAUGAGAAUGAAGGCUCUUGUUCUGGGAGACUGGAUCAAGUCAGCGACUGUUGGCCGUGAUACAUCGAGAAUUUGAUCUUCAUUUGCAAUGGUGUACAGACAGCUCUUCCGGCAAAGUUGGCUGAUGAAAAUGGUGGAUUGUCGCCAUGGUUCUGUUCUUGCAAAUAUAUACAAAUAAGCUGUCACGCAGCUCAUGUUAUGCUCCAUAAUCAAUCGUUAUUGUAAGCAAUAAUGCGAACUGAAUUUGUGUAUAUAUUUUCUCUGUAAGCUUUUAAAUGUAUUCAAUUGUGUAUUCACGCUGGAAUGCAUUGAGGACGACUGGCAUUGAAUGGUGAUGCAAUGAACAUUUCUACUCGUCUUUAUUUGUUUGUAGUACAAUAUGUAGUUUUAUGUGAAUUACCUAUACGAUAAAAGAGUUUUA